AUGGAUGCGAAGUGGUGGAAAGAAGGUGGUGUUACAUAUGUGGUGGAUUUUGUUGAAUGCCUUUUGGAAAAUGGAGUAUCGAUGAAGAGCUUUCUCACCAUAGCCACUUUGGAACAGCUCUACAAUCUAGACGACGAUGCACAGCACAGUGUACGGUUUUUAGUCGAACAUACCUCACCCACUACCUACCUCACUUUACCUGACAUAGGAAUGAUUAUCGAAAAAUUAAUGGGAAAUGCCUAUAAACACUAUUACACUUCAAGGGUAUUCAAGAAUAAUUACGAGAAAUUUCGGAAAAAAGCACAGCUGUCCCGAUUGAGCAGUCUCCAUAUCCGUUUGGUUGCCAAAUCAGCAGCGAAACGCCGAAAAAGUGGCGAUUGGCUGAAUCCGAUGCAAUGUGAAGACGAUGCCCCUCCUGAUUUCGCCUACCCGUUCAACGAUCUCAUUUUAUGGGCGGUACUGACACGACGACCUGAAAUGGCCAAGUGUAUGUGGUUACAUGGAGAGGAUGCAAUGGCUAAAAGUCUCGUUGCUGCCAGGCUAUACAAGGCGAUAGCUCGAAUUGCAGAGGAGGACUAUCUGGAGGUGGAGGUCGCUCAGAAACUUCGAGAAUAUUGCGACUGCCAACGGUUACUCGCUGAACUUUGGCAUGGAUCUCUUCGUGUUCGCAGUGGGACGAAUCUUCGGGUGCUUGCAGCGCUGAUCUGUCCACCAGCUGCAUUGGCUCUCGCAUAUAAGGUACCACAUAAUCCGUCAAGAGAUCAGGACAUUCAUUCUGAAGAGAGCACCGUGUACGACACGAUGAGCACAUGCCGAACGGACCGUCCGGAAGGGAACAGUGCUGGCAGCAUGAUGUCACUUCAUUUGCACAGGUUAUUCAAAACAGCCUCUAUCAGAAGGAAGAAUGUGCUUGCCAGUGAUGAACUGGAGGAACUAGUAGAGAACGGAGCUCCAAAGAAGGUGACGAUGAUGUCGUCUAAGAGGAGUAGCGGUCUCCAUCCACCAGUAGACGAUCUGUACAUAGAAGAGUCGCUAUCAGCGCUGGCCAAGAUGCGUGCCUUCUACUCGGCUCCAAUCACGAAAUUUUGGUCAUGGUGUAUUGCAUUCGCUAUAUUCCUGAUGUUAUCUUCCUAUGUACUUCUCAUUGAAACACCCGUCAAUCCCACCAAUAUCGAAUACGCCACAUUGGCGUACAUUGUCGUCUAUACUGUAGAACAUAUUCGUAAGCUUUUCGACCAGGAAACGCCUAAACUCAGGGAAAAGUGCCGUGUAUUCUAUACAAAGAACAUCUUUUACAAGCCGUAUUUCAUGUUAUACGGUGAAGUGUAUGCCGGAGAGAUCGAUACGUGGACAAAUUGCGUUCCGGGAGGAUGGAUUCCGCCUGUGUUGAUGACCAUCUUCCUCUUAGUGGCGAAUAUUCUUCUGAUCAACAUGCUCAUCGCUAUUUUCAACAAUAUUUUCAACGACACUAAUAUCCGCUCACAUGAAGUCUGGUUAUUCCAGCGUUAUGGACAGAAAAAAACGUUGAAAACUGGUAAAGAACGGGAUGACGUCAUCGCGAAAUGCUCAACAAGGCUGUAUCUUAGCGCAGAAGAACUACGUGAAUUGCAUGAUUUCGAAGAGGAUUGUAUGGAUGAGCUGACGAGGAAACGGAUACGAAAGCAGAAAGGAGGCGCCGAAGAUAGCUGGCUGAACACUUUGGAAAUAACGGAACUUACCGCACAACGGGUCAACGAAUUACUGCAAGAGAAUUGCUCACUUAAAAGUCGAUUAGUUGAUGUGGAGGCGCGUCUGGAUCUUAUUAUUAGGACUCAGACCGAAUUCAUUGAUGCACUUACAAGGCGGCAAAAGCGAUCGAAAUCUGGAUCGUCUCGCGCAUCCACUCAAUCGCUACCAGAAGCUGAUGUUGGGAAGCCACGUCGGUUAACCAUUGCCGUACCAGACAUAUCCUCGGUGGUUAUGGAUCAAGCACUACUGAGUCCAGUGCCUGAUCGUAGUAAAGCAGAAUCACCACUUCUCAAUCAUCUCCGAAUGGACCAUACCCUUAGAAAAUAUGACGAGACUCGCUAUCAGCCUGCAUCAAUUUGUCGUCGACAUCGACUUGAUUCAUCGUCAUUUUCAAUUUCACAAGAUAUGAAGGAUAUGGACAAGAGUCAGAAGACGAGCGAUGGUAUCUUCUCAGAUGAAGAAGCGCCAAGUGUUGUAGUACAUGAACCAUGGGAAGAUAGCUCUUAG